UACACCGAGUUAGUAGAGAGAAUGCAGCGCGCGCGCACCAUGGGCAUGGAGUCCCCGGCAACAAGGCGCUUGCUCGUGCUCGUCCCUCUGCUCGCGCUUUGGAGCAGCGCCGUCGCUGUUGCAUCGCCGUCAGCGGCGGCGGUGGCUCCGCCAGUGCGGGUCGGCGUGGUGCUGGAUCUGACAAGCGACGUCGGGAGGGAGAGCCUCGCCUGCAUUUCCAUGGCGCUGGAAGACUUCGACGCCGCUCACGCCACCUCCGGCGACGCGCCGCGGGUCGACCUGCGCGUGCGGGACUCGCGCGGGGAUCUCGCAACAGCUGCCGAGGAGCUGAUCAAAAGUGGGCAGGUGCAAGCCAUCAUAUGGGCUCCUCGGACACUGACCAAAGCAAAUCAGGUCGCCCAUCUGGGGCACCGCAGCAACCACGUUCCAGUUCUUUCCUUCUCCGGCAUUUCUCCAACAUCAUGUGCUUUCUGGCUUGAAGAUCCUGUAGCAGCUUCCAGAGGCCAUGCCAAGUUUGGAUUUACACUUGGAAGUGACAACAUAACCUUUACUAAUCCGAAAAUCGGUAGAGGAGUUGGGAGAAAACUAGACACAUCAAAGUCAAGGAAGAAUUGCAGAGGUAGUAAGACGGGGCUGAAGAUUGCCGUGCCACUGAAACUAGGUUUUCACGAUUUUGUGACUGUUACUGAACCUAAUUCAGCGAAACAAGAUGUCACUGGCUACAGCAUUGAUGUCUUCAAGGCUGCUAUGGGGAAAUUACAUCCUUCUCCAUGCUAUACAUUUUUUGCCUUCAACGAUACUUACGAUGAGCUAGUGGGAAACGUGUCGUCGGGGGUGUACGAUGGUGCAGUAGGCGACGUGACCAUAACUGCAGAUCGAGUCAACACCACCGACUUUACAGUGCCAUAUACACAGUCUGGUGUGUCUAUGCUUGUGCUUGUCGAGGAUGAACCGGAUACAAUCAGUUGGGCAUUUACAAAGCCACUAAAUGGGAAGCUUUGGUUUGCAAUCAUGGUAUUCUUCUUAUAUACUGGCUUUGUUUUGUGGAUGAUUGAACUUCCCAAAAAUCAGGAGUACCAAGGAUCAAGUUUGAGACAGUGUAGCACUGCCCUCUAUUUUGUUUUCUCCACUUUGACAUUUUCACAUGGUCAUACUAUUAGAAGCCCCUUGUCAAAAAUUGUUGUUGUGAUAUGGUGCUUUGUAGUGCUGGUUCUUGUCCAGAGCUACACAGCAAGCCUGUCAUCCAUUCUGACUGCAAAGAGGCUCCGUCCUAAGUUGACAGAUUUUUCCCAGCUCCAGCAGAGUACUGGUCACUUUGUAGGAUACCAAGAUGAUUCAUUUGUGCGGUCCUUCUUGCUGAACCAUAACAUUAGUGAAAACAGGUUAAGGAACUACACGACGAAAGAAGAAUAUGCUGAUGCUUUGUGGAAGGGAUCCAAGAAUCAAGGGGUGUCGGCUAUUGUUGAUGAGAUCCCCUAUUUAACUUCUUUCCUCUCUGACCCUCGGUACAGAAAUGAUUUUAGGAUGCUCGGGUGCAUAUACAAGACUCCUGGAUUUGGUUUUGCAUUUCGUCUAGGUUCUCCGCUAGUGCAUAAUAUAUCGACUGCCAUCCUGAACCUAGCAGAAGAGGGUGAGGGCUCACGAAUCGAAAGGAAUUGGUUUGACACAAGUUCAUCGCUGAUAGGAACUGGCAUGGUACCAGACACUGAUUCCGCACUUCUCACUUUAAAAAGCUUCUCUGGUCUCUUCGUUAUUACUGGAUCCAUUUCAACUCUCAUGCUGUUGAUAAGCAUUAUGAGGUUGAUUUAUGCCAAAUGUACUGAGUUGAGAAAGGCUGAUGUGGAAAGUGUCAGCUACAGUGGCACCGACGACGAGUCCCGUCUGUUGCAGAAUGGCAUAGGUGACAACCCCAGCCCUGAUCAACAACCCUUCCAUGAAGCUGGCAAUAAUAAUUCCGGGGAUGUCCAUAUGAGCGGCGAAAAUGUUGGAGACACAUUGCCUAACCCAGUGCAGCAGAAUGGCAUGCAUGGUGGCCCUGUGCCUGCAGGACACAUUCAGAUUGAGAUGCGCAAUGUCUAAGGUGAAGGGAAGCGCCAGAUAUAUGGUCAUAAGUACUUCCCUCGUCAUUGAACUGAUGCUGCAUUACAUACCUUGGAGUCUUGGACCAUAUAGGAUUAGUUCUAUCCUCUCUUCCACGCGCUCUUGGAAAGAAGAGGUAGAUGUUCGAUCAGUGUGCAUAUUCUCUUUAGACCGAAUAAUUAUGUUUUCAAAGUAGUACCAAUGUACUAGACUAGAAGUUCUGUAAUUUCAUUUGUAAUAAAUAGAUGGUGAUUUAGAUAGCUAGGUAUAGUCCUCAA